CCUUCUACCUGUUAGCCCAGUGUCUUUGAGCCCUCUUCCCAGUAACAUUGAACAACCCGUGUCAGUGAGCCCGCCUCCCUCCUAUCUCUUUAAUAAUGAGCCCACCCUCUUUCCAAGAUAGUGAUUCUCCUCUGAUAUUGAUUCCGCCUUUACUCACUCCCCUUGCAGACAAUGAUGGCCGCGAACUGAGAUUCUCUCCCCCACCCCAGCCGGUCAUUCUCGUGAUGCCGCCUCCUCCACAGCUUCACCCCGUUCCCGACCACAGCGAUCCCCUGCCAACUGGAGUAUCACGGCGUUGUCCUGAUGGGGACGUGAAUUGGGAGGAACUGUUGCGGCGGACGGUCGAUGAUGCAGUUCCGUUUCCGGUGACCGUUAUUUUGAUGCUGUUUUGGGCGCGAAUUGCAAACUCUAGAAGACGGGUGGAGCCCGAGCGUGUAUCAAAUGCACGGUUUGGUUCAGGAACCUCUGAGAGAAGGACCAGCUUUUUUGGAAGAAGGACAAGUAGCAUUGGAACAUUUUCUACAAAUAUAUAUGGAACGUGUGGAGGCACAGAGAAGAUAAAAGAUCCUCGACCACUCCAUGAUAAGGCUUUUGUCCAACAGUGCAUUCGACAGCUGUGUGAGUUCCUCGGGGAAUAUGGUUAUCCACAACCUGUUUCAACAAAGAGUCUGCAAUCGCCCAGUUCCAAGGAGUUUUUGAAGAUCUUUGCCUUUAUAUAUAACCUGAUUGAUCAAUCUUACCAGAUGCCCGAUUCAAAGUUUGAGGAAGAGAUUCCUAGAAUCUUCAAAUCUCUUGGGUAUCCUUUUCCAUUGUCAAAAAGUUCAAUGUAUACAGUAGGAGCUCCACACACUUGGCCACUGAUUCUUGGUGCAUUGGUUUGGCUGAUGGAUAAUGUUAAGCUGAUUAACUCUGUUGAUCCAGAUAAGAUCCUGUUUGGUGCUGAUAAGGACUGGGAUGUAGUAGAGAAUGUGACUGAUGAUGGUGUUCAUAAUAAUAGGCUGUUCAUUGAUUAUACAAGUAAGUGUUAUUCACGUUACCUUUCUGGCAUUGAUGACUGUGAAGACUUGAACUUGGAGAACUUGACUUUACUAAAGCAACAUUUUGGAGUGGAUGAAGCCCAAUUUGAUGCUGUCACUGCAGAAAACAGAAAUUUGUCAGAAGAGCUGGAGAGGUUGGAGAAGGAGAAACAGAAUGAACCGGACAGAGUUCAGGCACUGGAGAAAACAAAAAUUAGUUUGCAAAAGGACCAACAGAAAUAUAAGAAGUACCUUGAAGAAAUGGAACAGCACAAAGCUCUUCUCGAGCAGAGAGCAAAAGGGAUCAAAGAUGAAAUAGAAUCUGCAGAACUGGAAUUAGAUGCAGUUAAAGAGGAGAACAACAAAUUGCAGCAAAUAUACGACGUACAAGAAGUCUCAGCAGUUGACGUUAAGAAAAUGAACCAUGAGAAAAAUGAGCUGCAUCAGGCAACAAUUUUUCUGAGCAAAAGCCUUGAGGAUGCAGAAAAGAGGAUGUGGAAUGAAGAGAUUAAAGUGACAAAGGCCAAGGAAAUGCUGGAAGUCAGACUGCAAGACUACCAUACGAUGGCUAGGAAACUCAAGCUAAUUCCUAAAACAGCUGAAAAUGCUCAAGCACAGAACUUUGAAAUAAGCCUCUUGGACAUCGUGUCUGGAAAGAGGACUCUGUCACAAAAUACUGAAAAAAUAAAACUUUCCCUCAUGAAUCUACUGAAACAAAUAAAUGAUGACAUUGAACAUCUGAAGCACAAGAAAAUUAGUGUGCAAGAGGCCAGAGAACAGGUUCAGACCAUGAUAGAUGACAAAGCAAAUGAUGUGAAAAUGUUAAAAGAACAAAUUCGAAAAGUGGAUGAAGCAAUUGAACAAGAAAAGGAGGAAGACAAUCGAAAAACGACAAAACAAGUCCAAGAGCUUGAAUCGCUGGAAAAUCAGAGGAAACGGUUACAGAAACACUUAAACGAUGAAUUAGAUGAAGCAAUUGGACAGUUGAAAAUUGCUAAAUACCGAUUUGAUGAAGUGGAGCAAAAGACUACAGAAUCUAAGAGAAAAAUAACUAACAAGUUACAGUUGUGCUUGGAUACAAUGACCCAGCAUGUCACAAAUCUAGAGAACUACCUUGUGGAUUAUCAAAAAGGAGCUACAAAAGACUAUGAGGAAUCCUUGAAAGACGACUUUUUAACAGAUCUGAAGUCAAUAGCUGAAUCAUGCAAAGAGAUGGUUAGCUCUCUCUGAGCUGCAACAGGAUGCAUAAUAUAUCUUGUUUCUGUAUGUACAGUUAGUAUUAAGGACUGACUUUAUACUAUUGCAGGAGUAUAUUGUCUUCCAACUGAUGUUGUUUGAGACAGCGAGAAGCUUGGGCUUAACAUAACCUCUUGCAGGCAGAAUUCCAUUCUUUAUUUGUAAUAUUGUCUGAGCAAACAUAUUUUCAAACAUGGUCUUCAUAUAUCCUUGUGGAGGAAUUCUGGAGCCUAGAUUUGGUUUUUCUGAAUUCCAUUCCAGCUAGCUUUGACCAAUGAAGGUGAUUGAUCUAGAAUUAUAGAUACUUAAUGUAAAUUGCAUAUUAAUAAUUCUUAAUCCUGUGGUUGUUCCAGUCUUAAGUAUCCAAAUAUGCUGUAAUUCUUAAAUUCUAUCUUAAUUAAAAGACUGCUUUAGUUAUACAUCAACAGCCUCCAAUCCAGGAUCUUUGGUUCAGGCUCUUUUUUUUAUAUAUAUAAAGUUAGCUUGGGGUGAGAGGGAUGUUGGGUACUUGUACUGGCCCAAGUCUUGGGAGGGAAUAAAUUGACUUGAUUGCUGCCUGCAACUUCUGAACUUCAAUGAGGAUUAAUUAUAUUUGAGCAAUCUAUUGGCAGUAGCCAUGCAGAAUUGUGUUUAUUAAAGUGCAGCCUCUUGGAAAAAAUUAUCAGCAGCUACUUCAUCAAAGGGAGAGGGCGGAUAAUUGGCAGGAAAAUCAGGGAAGAAUUGGUCUUUGGUUUGGUAGCAGCCUGCUCAUUUGUCCAUUAUAUUUUGCGAUUCUUUCGGCUUUCAGUUUACUCCUCCAGAGAUGGCCUGAAGUUUCUGCAGCAUUAUGUUUUUGGAGCAUCAUAUUGUUUCCUAAAUAUAUUCAAGGUUAUGUUUUAUCACCCAUCUGAGAACUGCUGAAAUUCCAUACUUACCUUGUACUAUACAGAUCCCAACUCCAGUCUUCAGUUAGAAGUAAUUUUUCAGACAUAAUCUAUUUAGCUUCAGUAUUCUCAGAUAUUUUAGUAAAAUGAUCAUUCAUGUGUGUUUUUUUUUAAUUAAUGUACAUUAUUUCUUUGGUUAACUACUAAAUGGUAUAAACACCAGCAAUAUUUCCUGAAUGGAGGAGCAUCACUGGUAAAGCUGACCACAACCGAAAGUACUCCUGAUCCGAAGAAUGCAACCCAUCCAAUAACCAGUUGUUAGGACAGUGCUGAUAUGACGACAGCAAGCAGCAUACAGACCUUAGUUUGGACACUGGUAGCAGUCUUUAAGAAUGGGAUAGCGAGGGAGUGAGGAUCACUCAUAGUAACAACAAAGGGCUUGCAUGGUUAUACGGAGAAGAUAGGAAAAUGGUACUGAGUGAAUUGUUCAUUCAGAGAACUGGUACACAAACUCUUAUAUAAUGUACGUAUUUGAAUUUUCAGACUGUGUUCAGUAAGAUACCUCACCUUAGGCUGCUGAAAAGCCCACGGUGUUGGGGAACCUGUGUAUAGUCUGUAUACAGGACUAGCUAACAAAUAGAAGAGAGAGCUAGGUAAAGGAGACAUUUUCACGAUGGCAAUCUAUAACUAUAACGCCGUGGGGAAUUAGUACAGGGGCCACUAUUACUUAUAUAAAACUGGCUGAGAAAAGUGAAUUUAUUACAGCCAAGUUUGGAGGUAAUACAAUUAGUUGAGAAACCAAGUAAACAGGAUGAUAGAGUCUGCACAGGGCUGUAGACAGGUAAAGAAAUUGGGCACAGACUCUUCUGAUAGAAUCAGGUGUGAAAAAUUGAGAGGCUGUGUACUUUGGCAGGAAGAAGAGAGGAGCUAAAUGUUAUUUAAUUGGAAAAGAAAUGACAGAAAGCUACAACACAGGGAUUUGGAAGACUUUGUGCAUAAUUCAUAAGCUAGCAUCCAAGUUCUGCAGGUAAUAAGGAAAACAAAUGCAAUGUUGGCCUUUAAUUUGAAGGGAAUGGCAUAAAAAUAUUUUGCUGUAACUGUAGAAGAAGUUAAUCAGACCACAGCGAGAAUACUGUGAACAGUUUUGGGCCCUUUAUCGAAGGAAAAAUACUGUCAUUUCAAGGCAUUUAAGUGAAGGGUCACAAGGAUGUUGAUAGUGGGGGAUUCUGUGAUGGUAACACCACUGGGUCGCAUGGUGACACAGUGGUUGGCACUGCUGCCUCACAGCAUCAAGGACCCAAGUUCAACUCCACUCUUGGGUGACUGUCUGUUUGGAAUUUGUACAUUCUCCCCAUGUCUACAUUGGUUUAUGUUGGAUGCCUGAUUUCCUUUCACAGGCUAAAGAUAUGCAGGCUGGGUGAAUUGGCCAUGCUAAAAUGCCCUUUAGUGAUCAAGGAUGUUAGCUUAGGUGUGUUAGCCUGGAAAUGCAGAGUUACAGCAAAAAGGUAGGCAAUAGUUUUAGGUGGGAUGCUCUUCAGAGGGUCAGUGUGGACUUGUUGGGUCCAAUGGCCUGAUUCCACACUGUGGGGAUUCUAUGAAUGUCAAAGGAUGGUCAUUUGAUUGUCUCUUACUGGAGACAGUCAUUGCCUGGCAUUUGUGUGGCACAAAUGUUACUUGCCAUUUGUCAGCCCAAGCAGUCCUGGUUUCCCUGCUAUGGAAGGAUAUUAUUACAUUGGAGAGGGCUCAGAAAAGAUUUACUGGAAUGGAUGGUUUGAGUUAUAAAAAUUGCUUGGGCCUUUUUUUAAACUGUAGCUAGGAGGUCGAGGGGUGACCUUUUUGAGCAUAAAAUCAUUAAGAGCAUAGAUGAGGUAAAUAGGAAGGGUCUUUUCCCUAAGGGUGGGGAAGUUCAAAACUAGAGGCCAUAUUUUUAGGGUGGGAGGAGAAAGUUUUAAAGAGGACCUAAGUGGCAACUUCUUUUACACAGAGAAGUUUGUGUGUGGAAUGAACUAUCAGGGGAAGUGGGAGAUACAAGUACAGCUGCAACAUUUAAAGACAUUUGGAUAAGUACACAAAUAGAAAAGGUUUGGAGGGAUAUGGGCCAAAUGCAGGCAAGAAGGACUAGUUUAGAGCAUGGACUAGUUAGACUGAAGGAUGUGUUUCUAAGAUGUAUAAUUCUAUGACUUUAAUCCUGGUGAAAGCUCACUAGUUAUGUGCUGGCACCUGAACUGUUUUUACAGUAAAUAUUUAUGACUUGGAGGAAGUAAGCAAAUGUGCCAUAGCCAAAUUUACAAUUAACACAAAAAUACAUGAAUAAGCAGAUUGGAAGAGGGAUAUUGACAAACGGGCAAAAGGCUGGCAAAUGGACAAUAAUGUGAUAAAAUGUGAAGUUCAUUUUGGAAGAGAGAACAAAGAAUGAAAUAUUAUUUUGAUGGAGAAAAACUGCAGAAAGCCGCAACACAAAGGGACUUGAGUACUUGUGCAUGGAACACAGAAAGUUAGGACACAGGUGCAGCAGGAAGGCUAAUGGAAUGUUGGCCCUUAUUUCAAGGUGUUGUUGAAAUAUAAGAAUAUAAGUCUUACUGUAUCUGUACAAGGUGCUGGUGAGAUCAUGUCUAGAGUCCCAUUUACUAAUAGCAGUCUUUCACCGGAGGCAAUUCAAAGAAGGUUCAUGAACAUGAUCCCUGGUAUGGAGGGACUGUCUUAUCAGCAAAGGCUAAACAGGUUAGGACUCUACUCACUGGAGUUUAGAAAAAUGAGGUGAUCUCAUUUGAAACAUGGAGGAUUCUUAAAGGGCCUGACAGGGUAAAUGCUGAGAGGAUGUUUCCCUUGUUGGGAAAUCUGGGAUCGGAGUGCAUAGUUUCAGAAUAAAGCGAAACCAUUUUAAGACUGAGAUGAAAAGGAUUUUCUUCUUGGAAAGUUGUAAGUCUUUGGAAUUCCUUCCCCCACAGAACUGUGGAGACAGUGUCCUUAUGUAAAUUUACAGAGGAGAUAGAUAAAUCCUUGAUCAAUCAGGUGAUGGGAAAAGGGCAGGAAAUUGGAGCACCCAGAGGAAACCACACAGACACAGGGAGAAUGUGCAAACUCCAGACAGAGUUGCCUGAGGGUGGAUUCAAAUUGGGCCUUUGGCGCUGCGAAGCAUCAGUGCUAACCACUGAGCCAUCCUUCAGUAAUAGGAGGGCCCUUUCAAUAAUUAGUUGAAUUUCUGUUCUCUGACCAAAAUGGAUAACCUCUCACUUAGCAAGGUGUAGAGCUGGA